AUGUCUUCAUCCGGAUUCUCUCUAGCUCCACCACCAGUGUUCAAUGGUGAAGGCUACAACAUUUGGGUAGUAAAAAUGAAGACCUACAUGCAGGCAUUUGACUUGUGGGAGGUUGUCAACUCGGAUGUUGAACCACUACCCUUGAGAGCCAAUCCCGCAGUGGCUCAGAUCAGGCAACACUCAGAUGAUAGAGCCAAGAGAUACAAGGCCAUGUUAUGCAUCCAAAAUAGUGUGUCUGAUGUGAUUUUCACAAGGAUCAUGGCUUGUGAGUCUCCAAAACAGGCCUGGGAUAAGCUCAAGGUGGAGUUUCAAGGAAAUGAAAUAACGAGACAGCAACAACUCUUGAAUUUGAGAAGGGACUUUGAAAAUUUGAAGAUGAAGGAAGAAGAAACAGUGAAGCAAUACUCAGACAGGAUCAUGUCUAUUGUAAACAACACCAGAUUGCUUGGGGACCAAUUUAGUGAAGCAAGAAUAGUUGAAAAGGAGCAAAGGAGAGCCAGCAGACAGGAAGAACAUCAAGAAGGUGUCUUUCAAGCCAAGAGCAGACCAACCUCAAGAUCCUCUGGCUACAAAGGGAAUAAGAUUUGGUCAGACAAGCCUAGAAGAGAUGGUACAAGAAGAAAAUGUCCACCUUGCCCACAUUGCAGAAGGCUCGGUCAUUUAGAAGUAAAUUGUUGGUUCAAACCUGAUGUGCAAUGUAAGAUCUGUAAACAAAUGGGCCAUAUUGAGAAUGUUUGUAGAAAUAAAGGCAAGCUGAAGCAAAACCAGCCUCAACAGCCUAGUGCUGAAGCUCAAGUGGCAGAAGAAGGCUGUGACCAAGAAGAGCAAGUCUUUAUAGUUUCUUGCUUAGCUGCCAGAAGAAAAGCCAUAAAAAGAUGGCUGAUUGAUAGUGGUUACACAAACCACAUGACCCCUAAUGUUGCUAUCUUCAAGAACAUAGAUAUAAGCUUCAAAAUAAGGGUAAAAGUUGGCAAUAGACACUUCAUCAAAGUAUAA